AUGUCUGAAGGAGGGCUGAAGUGUCCAGUGGACCACUCACCAAAGCAAAGCUGGCUAUCUAGUAUUUUCUGGAAAACACAACCGAAACCACACCCAGAAGUAGCACCAUCACAGACAUGCCCUGUGCCACAUUCCCCAAACAUGGCAAACGAGGACCAGCCAGAGCAACCAAAAUGCCCCGUGGACCACAGCGCACGCCAAGCAUGGCUCGACAAAGUCUCAGUCCACGUAAUCUCCCCCGAAGAAGCCAUCGAAACCCCGCAACCACCCACUACUAAGUCCAAAUCGUGCGAUUCGUCCACCAUAGUCAACACGACGCAAGACACAACCACAUCCACGGUGAACCUCCCCACCGAGCGCGAAAUCAGCUCGAUUCCACGCACAUCGACCUCGCAGAACUGGAUAUACCCCAGCGAAAAGCAGUUCUUUGAAGCCAUGACGCGCAAGAACUGGCAGCCAGCGACGCAGGACAUGAAGGUGAUUGUCCCGAUACACAACUUGGUCAACGAGCGCGCGUGGAAACACAUCUUGAUGUGGGAAAAGGAGCAUGGCGCUCAAGUGAGCUUGACGUCGUUCCGCGGCGAUAGCCAGCGCAUGACGCCGCGCGCGUGGUUCAAGCUGGUGGUGCUUGGUGGCGAUCGGCCUUUCGACAGGCACGACUGGGUUGUCUCGAGGGCUGGCGGCGGAGGCGAGGUUGAGUAUGUGAUUGACUUUUACAAUGGCGAGGGCGCGCUGGUUUGGCUUGAUGUGCGGCCCAAGUUGAAUAGCUUCGAAGGGGUCAAGUUGCGCUUGAUGCGUGCUUUUGGCGGGCUGAGCUCGUGA